AUGCACAUGGAGGCGGCACAAUCAUCAGAUCGGGCGCCAUGCCUUCUCCUUCCUAGGCCGGCACAUAUGCCGGUCGAGCCUCGCAAUUGGCUCCACAUUGAGAAACCCGUUAAACGGAGGGCAGGCAACCCAAAAGUCAGAACGGGAUGUCUUACUUGCAAACUACGCCAUGUCAAGUGUGACGAGCGGGAGCCCGUCUGUCUUCGCUGUGAAAAGGUGGAUGCCUUUUGUCAGGGAUAUUCAACUCCUCAGCCGAAAAGAAAACCUGAAUCGCAUCGCCUGAUCAAAAGGGCCUCACCACGCCCGAUUGUUCCACGAGCCACAUCUGAACCGGCCUCUGAACAGUUGAAUCUACCUGACAGGGGGCCGUAUAGUCUUUUAGGAACCCCGUCUCGUGAUCUCUCCAGCCUGGGCUUACAAGGCAAUGAUGGUAUUUACUUUGACUAUUUUCGUCACCAGGUCUCGAGCAAUAUGUGUGGCUUUUACACUACAAGCAUGUGGUCGGGGCUGGUCAUUGCCGAGAGCUUUCACCACGAUGCUGUGCGACACUCAAUAUUAGCAAUUGGAGCUUUAAUAUUGACAAUAUCUCAAACAUCCAAUUUACCCGAUCGUGCGACUACAUCAGCCUCAUUUCUACUCGAGAAAAUCAUAAAUAGUCAUCAUCGCAAUUCCCUCAAACAUCAUCUCCACGCCGCUCGGUCAUUUCGAGCCGAGGUCCAUGACCUGGCUGCGUCGUCGCCACGAUCGGUCCUUGUGGUUACGUUGCUUCUUGUCGUAUUUGAACUUCUACAAGGGAAGCUGAAAACAGCAGAUACAUUGAUGAACUCUAGCAUGGACCUCUUGAGAGAAAACAUCACAUUGUUUCAACCCGCAUCUACUGUCACCCAGAAGGUCCAUCGGGACUUUAAGGAGAUCGAGCAUGUUGUGCCGUGUAUCUCAGUCAUGAGUCACCUGUCGCAUCUUUCGGAUCAACAUCACAAACUUCCCCUGAUGAAGAGCGAGCCGGACUUUUUCUUCCCCCGACCAGGCCGAGAAUCAAUUCAUGACCUGUUCAUUCAAUGGGGAAGGUUCUUCACCUUCGCAAUCAUCUUCCUCGGACACACAAUCUACUCCGAACUCAGAUCCAUACCCAGAGAACAGCCCAAGCGCUUCAUUUCGCAGCAGAAGCAGCUCUUAUCACAUCUGGAAAAUUGGAAAUCAACACUGUCAGAGUAUUUCGGCACUAGCACUGCUGACCAAAAGGCUCUCCGAAUCGCACAUAUCCACUGGCUAAUGUUAUACAUCUCUAUCAACUGCUGUCUCGACCCAACCGAGCUAUCCUGUGACAAUUUUGAAAACGAAUACCGCGAUCUUACAAAUCAGUGCAUUGAUCUCAUCCAAGACAACAUCUCCCACGCACGUCCAACGUCUGUGAUGCUCGGCGAAGGCCUCCUACUCCCUCUCUGCACGGUGAUGCGAAGUUGCCGUAAUCACGAGAUUCGGAUGAUGGCAGUCGAAGCAGUUGGGCAGCUUCCCUGGUCGAUGGUUGCGUGGGAUUUGAAGAAACUUUUGAGGGGGCAAUUGAACGCGAUCUUAAUGGAGGAGCUAGACCGUGAUAGGAAUGGACUUAUUCCUCCACAGUCCCGAUGGUUUUGGCUGCGUGACGAAUGGAACUAUAAGACGGAAUCUCUGGAAAGAAUAUUCGUCAAUCAACAGCCGAAUGAGAAUGGGAUAUUGGAUUUUAAGGUGUUAAGUGUCCACGGUGAUACCUGGCCGGAUAUAUGUUUGGCAGUUGGCUGCAAAGGACAACACCUGAUGUGCAGACUGAGCAAAGACUCAUCAUUUGUAUAA